AUGGCACAUGCUCGGGACUUUUCUUCCAGUCCGUCGGUUGAUGGCAGUACGGUUGCCGGCCGUGCAGCCAUCGACAGUCUCCUCAUGGAGUCGAACGUGGAGAGGCCGUUUGAAAGUGAAGAAAGCUUUGCUCAGUGGGUGCAAACAAGUUACAGACGCUGGUCUUUGGAUCCCACAAUAUCAGAGCAGCUGCGAAUCCUCGACUUGGAAACCGUGCACGAAGACGUUCUAUCUCGAGCUUCGCAGAGGCUGGUGCGAGCCCAGGAGGAAUAUGCCUCGUGCCCUGCGGGGUCAAUCAUCGACGGCCUCCGAGACAAGGUCUCCAAGUUGAGGAUGGAGUGCCAGGGCCGAGAAAGGCAGAAUCUCGCUGCCUCGAAUGGUGACGCUGCGUUGCUCAACUCCGCCGGGGAAAAGAAUCAGAAGAGUUCCGAGAGGCUCCAGGCGGCGUACGCGGAGCUUGACGGGCUGACAAGAGAUCUCGAGUCGAAGAUAUCUUCCUGCGCAGAGUGGAAGGAGCUGCAGGAUGCUGAGAAGGCGCUGCUCGAUCUGAGAAGGGAGGUGGGGAUAGAAGAGGCUUCGAUGAGGAUGAAGGAGUCGGAGAGAGCGAUUGGAAGGCAGACGAGCUAUAAAGGUUUCGAUUUCGAGGGGCAGGCUGAACGAGUCGUUAAGGAGCUCAUUCUUCCAAGAUUCUUGGCAGACGCAGAGUCGUGGUGGGACCAGGAGAGGAGCGCAAUGAGAACAUCAGGAGCUGAUGUGCCUGUCGAGCAGUUCGAUAUGAAGAAUAUUUUUGUGCUGAGGGGCUUGACGCUUGGGAUAGCGCGAGGCGAGUUUGAUUACGUCAUCGUCGCAAAGUCUACUAUGCCAAGUGGAGAGCUUGAUGCUCCUGCUGGCAAGAGCGUCGGGGGUCACCCGCAGCCGACCAAGGCGCAGCUUCAGGGGCUCUCCGAGCAGCCAGUCUUAGUCUUGGCCAUUGUCGAGGUGAAGCGAAACGUCAACGACAUGGGCUCGAACUUCAUGGGCUACGUGGAGAGAAUUGCCUGGUUCAGCGGCAUGGAACGUGGCUACGACCCUACUAAGUUUGCAACCAACUUUUACCGCUCAGGACACUUCGACAGGCCAUUCUGGCACAGCGAUGCCUGCUCUAGGAAAAGCUUCAAGUUUGACCGCUCGUCCUUCCGCCUUUUCUUUCAAGAUGCUAAGAGAGUGUCUGCAAGGGACGACCUUGCAGCGUAUGUGAUGGAGAGGCUGAAUUUCGUGACCAGACAUGGGACGAUUCGUGGGAUGAGCUCAAAAGCAGAAGCCAGUCUCAAGAAGAAGGUCGCUAGGGACAAGGCGUUUGCUCGAGCCCGCAGCGAUUGCAACAAGGACGCGUUUUCCCCGGGGAUGGAGACCUUGCUGGCUGCGUCUUGCAGCUGGGUUCAUGGUUGGUGGGAGAAGAUGGAGGAGCUGAAGGCUGGGGAGAUGAGCACGGAGGACCUCCUGCUGAGCUAUCGCCGAUCGGAAGGGGCUGUUGACAACAUCUACCUCAUUGUGAACCAAUGA